AUGCAACCCAUGGAGGGGGUUCUGGUUGCUCUGGCAUCCUACGGCGCCACCAUGCUCACCGAGAUGGCCAAAGAUAAGGUGGCCAUGCUAACCAGGGUCUCUGGCGAGAUCGACGACCCUGGCACCAAGCUCAGGGACCUUAAGAACAUCCUUGCCGAUGCUAAUAGGAGGAAUAUCACCAACGAGAGCAUGCGGGCGUGGGUGGAGGAACUGAAGCGUGCCGUGCACGACGUCGUCACUGACAUCCUCGACCGGUGUCGGCUCAAGGUCAUGGAAUAG